AUGAAAAAUAAGGAAACGAAGUUGAAGAAGGGGAAUGGAACGAAUAUCCCCAAGAAAGGAAAUAAGGUUGUGAAUCUAAUCGAAGCAGAUAAUUUACUAAAUAACGACAAUUAUCUAUACAUUUAUAACAAACCUUAUUCUGUAUUUUUCGACACAGGAGUAAAAGAAAACUACAUAUCGAGAAAAGUUGUUGGAGAACUAAAGCUAGAGAUAUUUAAUCUUAAGAAGGCACGAAAGCGAUUUGUGUGUUUAAAGAAGAGAUUUUUCAUCACGGAGUGUGCGAAGGUAAAUUUUACAUAUAAUUGA